AUGGCUCGUAGAGAAAGCUGGAAGACCGAGCCAGUGGCGAUUGUGGGGACCAGUUGCCGCUUCCCAGGCGCCGCGCACUCUCCAUCGAAGCUUUGGCAGAUUUUGCGGGAUCCCCCGGAUCUUCGAAAGAAGAUUCCCUCCACCAAGUUCAACCAGUAUUCGUUUCACCAUCCUGAGAGUGUUCGUCAUGGUACUUCCAACGUCACUCACUCGUACGUUCUAGAAGAAGACGUGGGUGAAUUCGACUAUGGCUUCUUCAACCUCAAUCCCAAAGAGGCCGAAAGCAUGGAUCCCCAGCAACGGCUUCUUCUCGAAACGGUCUACGAAGGCAUUGAAGCAGCUGGAUAUGCCAUGUCAGACCUUCGAGGGUCUCCAACCGGCGUCUAUGUCGGUCAGAUGACGGACGAUUAUUACGACAUAUUGAAUAAGGACGUCCAAUGCGCCCCGCAGUACACAGCCACAGGAUCGAGCCGAGCAAUUAUCGCCAACCGCGUGUCUUACUUUUUCGACUGGCGAGGGCCCUCUGUCAACAUCGACACGGCUUGUUCUUCGAGUCUGGUUGCUCUGCAUCAAGCCGUGCAAGCGCUGAGAGGCGGUGAGAUCGACUUGGCGGUGGCGGCCGGAGUCAACCUGAUUCUCGGGCCUGAAAAGUACAUCUACGAGUCCCAGCUCUCCAUGUUGUCACCAACCGGACGCUCCCGGAUGUGGGACUCUGAGGCAGACGGCUAUGCUCGAGGCGAAGGCUUCGCGGCCGUCAUUAUCAAGCGGCUCAGCCAGGCGAUAGCGGACAACGACCAUAUCGAAUGCAUCAUCAGAGAGACGGGGGUAAACCAAGACGGUCGAUCGGAAGGACUUACCGUUCCAAGCUCCGAAGCCCAAGCUGCACUUAUUCGAUCGACUUACAGCAAGUGCGGCUUAGACUGGAGAACGACGGAGGAUCGGUGUCAGUACUUCGAGGCACACGGGACGGGCACCCAAGCAGGCGAUCCUAAAGAAGCCCGCGCGAUUCGUGACGCAUUCUUCCCCGAGAACGUUCAACAGGAACUGGAGAAAGACACUCUGUACGUCGGGUCUGUCAAGACCGUCAUCGGACAUCUAGAGGGAGCAGCCGGACUUGCCGGGUUGCUCAAAGCCUCCGUGGCCAUUCAGCAUGGCCAGAUCCCCCCAAACCUCCAUUUCAACCGUUUGAACCCCAAGAUCAAGCCAUUCUACGAUCAUCUCGAGGUUCCAACCAGCCUUCAAUCAUGGCCGGAGCUGCCGAAGGGUGUGCCACGGAGGGCCAGUAUCAAUUCGUUCGGUUUUGGUGGAACAAACGCUCAUGCCAUUAUCGAGAGCUGGCCUUCUUCGGGAAACUCAGAUUAUGGAAGGGAUUCGAAUGUCGUCUCGAAUGUUGCGGCUCAUAGCAAUAAGCAGCACUUGGGGCCGUUCACACUUUCUGCAAGCUCUGACAUGGGACUUCUGGCUGCUGUGUCGAAUCUGUCUCAAGCGCUUAAGUCCGAGCCUGAUUUCAACCUACGAGACCUGGCCUGGACCUUACAGGUUCGACGUGAGCACUUCCCGGUCCGAGUUGCAGUCGCUGCUGUCGACAGAAAACAGCUCAUUGAACGUUUGGACGCCAUCAGCAAGGAUUCAAAUGCACUCUCGGUACAGUCUUCCAAAGCCACAAAAGUAACCGACAAGUACCCGGCUCGCAUUCUGGGCGUUUUCACUGGUCAAGGUGCACAAUGGCCGCGAAUGGGUGCGGAGCUUCACAGGCAAUCAGCCUAUUUCCGAAAGUCCAUCAGUCAGCUUCAAGAGUCCUUGGAUGAUCUCCCUGAUGGCCCGUCGUGGUCCCUCCGCUCUGAGCUAUUUGCGUCUGCUGAGAGCUCUCGCGUCAAGGAGGCCGAGAUUGCGCAGCCCAUCUGCACAGCUGUACAGAUCGCCCUCGUUGAUCUGCUGAGGGUAGCGGGUGUUUCUUUCCAUGGAGUCGUUGGGCACUCUUCUGGAGAGAUUGCCGCUGCAUACGCCGCUGGAUAUUUGACUGCCCGAGAUGCGAUCCGUAUUGCCUACUACCGCGGGUUGCACUCCCAUCUCUCCUCUUCACCAACCGGUCAACCCGGGAAAAUGAUGGCCAUCGGGCUGUCAUUCCAAAACGCAGAAACCUUCUGCCAGCGUCCCCAGUUCCGCGGCCGCAUCUCGGUUGCUGCAAGUAAUGCCAGAUCUAGUGUCACUAUUUCUGGAGACGCUGAUGCCAUACUAGAGGCAAAAGAAGUCCUUGACGCUGAAGGAGUCUUUGCACGUGCACUUCAAGUAGACAAGGCCUAUCACUCUCAUCACAUGAAGCCUUGCUCGGGACCCUACCUGGAAUCGCUACGCGCCUGCAACAUCAAAGUCCCCCGAACCGACGUCGGCGGUGACUGCGUCUGGUAUUCGAGCGUCCAUGGAUCUGCUGGACGCUACACACACGAGCCAGAAAGCUAUGCCGGCCAGUACUGGGUGGACAACCUCGUCAAACCAGUCUUGUUCUCCCAGGCGCUGGAUAGGGCUGUUCAAGAAAGCCAAAGACUCGAUCUCGUGCUCGAAAUAGGCCCUCACCCGGCUCUGCGCGGUCCCGCUAGCGAUCUGAUCAAGAACCUGGCCGGUGUUGCGGUGCCAUACAGCGGUGUGCUCAAGAGGGGCGAGGACGAUUUCGUCGCUUUCUCGGAGGCUCUAGGCUUUGUAUGGAAACAUAUCCAAGUUGACUUCCAGAGCCGGCCUUUGCCCGAUUUUGAGACAUUCGGUCGAGCCUGCGUGCCCAAUCCCGCAUCCUUUAACCCUCAAGUAUGCAAGUCUCUGCCCCCAUUCCCAUGGAAUCACAGCAAGUCCCUCAUGUGGGAAUCCCGAGUAUCCAAGCUGUGGCGAGGUCGCAGGGAGCCGGAACACGACCUACUCGGGCUGCCCACCGUCAGUGGCAACCGUCAAGAGGUGCACUGGCGGAAGAUCAUGAGGGUUAGCGAGAUGGACUGGCUCCGUGGGCACAAGUUCCAAAACCAGGUCCUAUUCCCGGCAGCGGGCUACGUAUCCAUGGCUGUGGAGGCGGCGUCGUACUUGAUACCAGAUCAGCCUAACAAGACCAAGGUGAUCGAGCUGAACGAUAUGAAGAUCCAUCAAGCAAUCACGCUGUCCGAGCAGUCCUCCACCGGCACCGAGGUCACUUUUGUGAUCCACGCGCGCCAGCAAGAUGCAACAACCACCAUGGCCGAGUUUUCUUGCUUCAGCAUCGGGGCGGACGCUGGAUCCGAUGAGAAUAGCAACUGCAAUUUCACUGGGUUAGCUACCAUCAUCGUGAGUAAUGCGGCUGGCAGUGCUCUGGACGCAGCAGCCGAGGAGGCCGGAACUCUGCAGCCGCUUAGAAGAGAGCAGCGGCUUCCACUCACCGACGUGAAUCUCGACCAGUUCUACUCCAGCGUGAGCGGUAUUGGUCUUGAAUAUUCCGGAGACUUCCUGGCAAACUCCAUCUCCAGACGUCUGGGCUUCGCCGCUGUUACCAUGUCCCAGAAUGACCGAACUCACUUGCUCAUCGACCCCGCGGUUCUCGACACUUCGUUCCAUGGCGUAUUCUCCGCAUUCUGCUACCCGAACGACGGACGCAUGUGGACUGCCUACCUUCCGACUAGUAUUCGUCGCAUCAGGAUCACGCAGGCCGAAGGGCGCGAGCGGCAGGUACAGCAGCAAAGACAUUUCAGUGCUGACUGUAUCUUGCGCGACGCCUCUGAUAAGAUCAUUUGUGCCGACGUAGACAUCUACUCCUCCGCUGGUAGUCUCGAGUGUCAGCUUGAGGGCCUUACCUGCACCUCGUUUGCAACACAAAGCCCGGACCAGGAUCGGAAACUCUUCUCCCGUACGGUCUGGAGAAAGGACAUAUCUUGCGGCAUUGAGAACAACAAAAUCAUCAAAGCGAGUCAUGACGAUUCGAGGUUGUACGAGGUCUUGGAGAGAACCUCAUACUUCUUCUUAAGGAGACUGCGGGAGCAGAUCUCGGAUUCGGAGAUAGGAGACAUGGCCUGGCACUACAAGGCCUCCCUGGGAUGGGUGUUCGACCGGCUACUGCCUUCCAUCGAAAACGGCCAGCAUCCCAGAGUCAAGGCGGAGUGGGCAUUCGACCGAGAAGAGGACGUACAGGGCUGGCGCGACGAGUUUGGCGAUGAAAUCAGUCUGCGCGCAGUCCACGCCAUCGGAGAGGCGUAUCCUGACAUUGUGCGUGGUAACGUGCCCCCGUUGCAGAUACUCAUGGAGGACAAUGUCUUGAACAGACUUUACAAGGACUGUAUCGGCGGGCAGACGGCCAACACCCAGGUUGGCGAGCUCGUUGGACAGCUUGCCCACCGCUAUCCGCAGAUGAACAUCCUCGAGAUUGGUGCCGGAACAGGAGGGACCACCACCACAGCGCUAAGGUGUCUCAAGUCCAACUUCGCCUCCUACACCUACACGGACAUCUCACCGGGCUUCUUCGAGAAGGCCGCUUCCGCCUUUUCGAGUCAUGCGCACAAGAUUGUGUUCAAAACACUGGACAUCGAGCGUGAUCCCGUGGAACAGGGUUUUGAAGAGCACUCGUUCGACGUGAUCAUGGCCGCCAACGUGCUCCAUGCGACCAAGCACCUGGAGAAAACCAUCGCCAACUGUCACAAGCUCCUUCGACCUGGCGGCCGGAUGAUCCUGCUGGAGAUUACGAGUGAGGCUUUGUGGAUCCAGAUCAUCUUUUCGUCACUUUCGGGUUGGUGGCUCGGCCAGGAAGAGGGACGGAUCAACCACCCAACGGUCUCCAUCGACGAAUGGCAAGGGAUUCUGCGCCGCCAAGGCUUCUCGGGUGUCGACGUCCACUGUCGUGAUCUUGAGGAUGAGAACCGAUACACUUUCUCCGUCUUCACAACCCAGGCUUUGGAUGACAGGGUUCGGGCGCUGAGGGACCCUCUGCUCAUUGGGCCCAACCAGCCCCUUGCUCCCAGGAUCGAUCACCUGGCUCUCAUCAGUCCUGAUGGUGCAGAAGAAGUCGCCGUACUCGUCAACGAGAUGAAAGACUUGCUCUCCCCGUUCGCAAACAACGUCACUGUCGCUCAAGGACUUCAAGACCCCGCCUUGGCAGAUGGUAUUCUGCCUCUGGGUAGUACCGUCGUCUCGCUCGUCGACCUUCACGAGGCAACCUUCCGCAACAUGAACCCCGCAAAGUUCCAAAAUCUCAAGAGCAUCUUCAACAAUUCCAAGAGCAUCCUAUGGGCAACCCGAGGGUGCCGCGUCGAGGACCCGUACGCCAGCAUCAUUGUCGGUCUUGGGCGGUCAGUGAUGCAGGAGCUCACGCACUUGAACCUUCAAUUUGUCGACUUGGACCUUGAAAUCACGGACAAGUCUGCAGUUCAACUGUCCAACAUGCUGCUUCGUAUGCUUUACACGGACGGUCCGGACUUUGAAGAUGUGGUCUGGUCUAGUGAAACAGAGACCGUGAUUCAAGAUGGCGACACGUACAUCCCCAGAAUCCUUCCCGAGGAAGCCUCCAAUCAAAGGAUCAACUCCGCGAGACGAGUAGUCCAACGUGAAGUAGAUCCCUCGCGUCAAUCAGUCACGUUGAAGAGGGAGUCGCCCAGCGGCGUUUGCUGGCUGGAGCAGACCUCCGCCGUUGUCAUGACUGGUAGCAAGGACUCUUCACGAUGGGUUGAAGUACGGGUUCAGGUGUGCUCUCUCUUCCCAGUGAUCACGAAAGAAGGCCAGCAGUAUUUCGUCUCUUUCGGUAAGGUCCUCGAGUCGGGACAAACGGUUCUCGCCUUGACUCCCAUCAACGGUUCCGUUAUCAGAGUUUCAUCCGGCAACAUCAUCACACUUCCUCAAACACCAGGCAAUCUUUCCUCUCCUCAAGCGUCGCUCCGGGCAGCUCUCGCUCGUAUUAUUUGUGAAAGCCUUGUCAAGCCUCUGGCAAAGGUCAAGGGCACAGUUUGGCUGCACGUCGCCGACGCGUCAGUUGCUGAAAUCGCUUCCGAAGUAGCAUCCGCUCAUGGCCUUGAUCUGUUUUGGACUACCUCUAGUACCAUCGGCGCCCGAUCACAUGGAGCAGGCGACAGAGCUGCUCGGGUUCUCCAUCCCUUCAUCACAGAACGAGAGCUUCGUUCCCAGGUUCCAGAGCAUAUCCUCUGUCUCCUGACACUCGGAGAGGAGCCAAUUGCUGGCUUCUAUCAGAGGUUAGCUUCCGGUCUGGACAAUAUUGCCGAGGUUUGUCACCUCACAAGCCAGACUAACCGCCAUGGCCAUCUCAAACUAUCGCUCAGCUUCGACGAGGUACGAGAAGUUCUCAAAGGCACAGCCAAAUCCCUGGUGGACGAGUCCAGCACUGCUGCCAGCACCAUUCCCUCUGGGAUCCCCGUUGACAAGCUGCCCACGAGUCGCGCAACAGCGCCUCACAACUCGGAGCCCCUGGAGAUAGUCGACUGGGAGUGCGUAGAGAAAGCCGUGGCCGUUGUGAAGCCCCUUGACAUCAGCAACCUGUUCUCCAACGACAAGACAUACUUCCUCGUGGGUCUGACUGGAGAGCUCGGUUUCGGUCUAUGCAACUGGAUGAUUGACAACGGCGCACGACACCUGGCGAUUUCUAGUCGAAAGCCGAGUAUUGACCCAAGCUUUCUCAACUACUGGGCGAAUAAGGGUGCUAACGUUCGCGUGUUUGCGCUCGACAUCACUGAUGAACAGAUGCUCCGCGACGUUCAUCGGCAGAUUAUCGAGACGAUGCCACCCGUUGGCGGUGUCAUGAACGGUGCCAUGGUGCUUCGAGACAAGCCCUUCAGCGCCAUGACAUUGGAAGAUUUUGAUGUCGUUCUGGACCCCAAGGUUCGCGGCAGCGAGUAUCUCGAUAGACUCUUCUACUCCGACCCUCUUGAGUUCUUCAUCCUCUUCUCGUCUCUGUCUCGCGUGAUCGGCAACCCCGGACAGUCCAACUAUGCUGCUGCGAACAUGUUCAUGGCCAGUCUGGCAUCCCAGCGUAGAGCACGCCGUGUGUCCGCUUCGGUCAUCGACAUCGCCAUGCUUGUCGGCUUCGGGUGGAUGUGGCGUAACGCAGGCGAGAUCCUGGAAGCCCAGAUGAAGGCUGCGGCAUACAUGUCAAUCUCCGAGCCCGAGUUCCACACCAUCAUGGCGGAGUCGAUCGAAGCCGGUCGGGCUGACAAGGGCCUCCAUCCGGAGCUGCACACAGGUCUCGCCAUGUCCAACACGGCGAGCUGGAAGCGGUUUCCGCGAUUCUCUCACUUUGUGCCCUCCGAGAGCCAAGCUAUCACCUCGACUGGUGUCGGCUCUGAGCCAGACAAGAACGUGUCGCAGCACAUUGCCGAUGCGAAGAGCGAUGAGGAGGUCCUGACUACGAUUGAGACGGCCUUCUCACGCAAGCUCGGCUCGGUGUUGCAGCUCGCCGACACAGGCUCUCCCAUGGACCCCAAGACGGCACUUCUCUCGCUGGGCAUUGACUCCUUGGUUGCGGUCGAGUUGCGUUCGUGGUUCCUCAAGGAGCUUGCUGUCGACGUGCCAACCCUGAGAAUUCUCAGCGAUGCCUCCAUUGCCGAUAUCAGCUUUGAGGUGAAGUCCAAACUGAACAUCUCUCUCAGCAAACAGCGGUCAGCUUCCACAGAGGCCGAGGCGGAUAAGAAGACAGAGGAGCCGGCCCCGGCUCGACGACCUGACACACCGCGAAUCACCCCUGAGCGUGACGAGGCGUCCUCUACUUCACGCUCCGAGGCCUCAUCCGACGUUGAAGCCAACAACGAGUCAUGGCCUGACAUCACAGGUUCUCCGAAUAGCACCACCGCCCCGUCUGUCGUUGGGACAUCGGCAGAUGGCAAUGCGGCUCAGCAGAAUGCUCAAGAUUGCCCGAACCCCGCGCACACCGACAACUACGAGCGCACAGGGCCCAUGUCUCACUCCCAGGAGGCUCUCUAUUUCCUCCAUGAGUAUCUCACCGACAAAUCCAGCCAAAACGUCUUGUUCCAUGGGAGAUAUCCACACUACUUGAACAUUGCCCAGUUUGAGGCCGCCUUGGAGCACGUCGCCAGACGUCACGAGGCACUUCGUAGCGCCUACUUCGUUGACCCCAGCACUCAGCAAGCCGUCCAGGCUGUGGGUGUCGACUCUGGGAUCCAGGUUGUGCACAAAGAUAUCGACAACGAAGCGGAUGUUAACGCCCAUGUGCAACAACUACGCCAGCACGUUUUCGACAUUGCAAGGGGAAAACUGAUGCUCGUGGUGGUGCUUUCAAUACAGCCCAGCCUACAUUAUAUCGUCUUCGUCCAUCACCACAUCGUCAUGGAUGCUCAAGCUACAGUUGUGUUUCUCACUGAGUUGACGAUGGCCUACGCCGGGCACCCUCUCGGCAUGUCCCCACCCCAGUCCAUUGACGUGUCCAACAAGAUGCGAGUGAAAUGUGUCCCAGACAAGUUGGCAGAUAAACUUUCCUACUGGAAGAAGGUCCACGAGCGCCCUCUGGGCCCCAUACCUCUACUUCCCUUUGCGAAGACUCGGAGCCGCAAACCACUUUCCGACUAUGACCUCGAGACCUUCGACAUGAGAAUCGACGCCGACCUAUGCUCCUUGAUCCGGAGCAAGUCCUCCAAACUCCGUAUCACUCCCUUCCACUUCUACGUUGCCGGUCUCCAUGCCCUUCUCGCACGCUGUCUCGGUACGAGCGACGACAUAAACAUCGGCAUCGUCGAUUCCAACCGAGGUCCGGAUGAGGGUGACGCGCAGGCCCUAGGCAGUUAUGUCAACGUUUUACCACUCCGAUCCAAGCUCCAGGAGGACGAGAGUUUCGACCAAGCCGCCCAGCGCACGCGGGACUCCGUCCUCAAGACCCUUUCCAACGCCGGCGUUCCGUUUGAGGUGCUGCUGGACCAACUCAAGGUACCUCGCCACAGUACACAUCAUCCGCUGUUUCAGGUUCUAUUCAACUACAGACUGGGGAUUCCCUCAUCCAGCCCCUUGGGUGAUGGGGUGAUCGAAUGGACCGGCGCGGUGCCCUCAAAGAACUCGUACGACCUAGCGAUCGACGUUUCAGAUACUCCUCGUGGUACCUGCAUACUGUCCUUCACCACACAACGGUACAUGUACAGCGCGGCCGAUACCAAGAUGCUGAUGAAGUGGUACACACACAUGCUGAAGUCGUUUGCGCACGAUUCGUCUGUCCGGGUCAGCACUUGUUCGCUCGCUGAUCCGCAAGAGAUGCGGAAGGCUGCCGCUCUGGGUCAUGGACCGACAGUCGACAUCGAAUGGGAGGGUACUAUUAUAGACCAGGUUGCAAGAAGCGCGGCACAGUUUUCAGAUUCGAUCGCUAUCAAGGAUGAUGAGGGCAACGAGCUCAAAUACUCAGACAUGAUCAAGACAACCAAUCAGAUCUGUCGAGGUCUCCAAGCCAGCAAGAUUCAGCCGGGGUCCAGAGUUGCCGUUCUGCUAACGCCCGACGUUUGGUCCAUCUGCACUCUUCUUGCCGCUCUCCAGCAAGGCCUGGUUUGGGUGCCGCUCGAUACACGUAAUGCUCGACAGAGGCUCGCGGCUAUGCUUACCGAUUGCAAGCCCCGUCACAUCAUUCAUUCUGAUGCCACCGGCGUUCUCGCGGAAGAGCUGGUAGCAGCUGCCCGUCCUGAGAAUCCAGAGCUUGAGCCGUUGCGUUUGGCAGAGUUGAUGGCACCAACGGCGCCCUCCGCAUCGGUCCCGACGCCGAACCUGAGCAGUAGGGACGCCGAUGCCGUUCUUUUGUACACAAGUGGUUCGACUGGCGUGCCGAAGGGCGUCCGCGUGACUCAUCUAGGUCUUUUGAAUCAGAUCUACGUGUGCAAAGACAUUAUAGGCGAGCGUCAGGUGGUUCUUCAGCAAACGUCUCAUGGCUUCGAUAUCGCCCUUGGCCAAAUCUUCGAUGCCCUGACCCGCGGUGGCAAGCUGAUUGUUGUUGGGCAACACGGCCGAGGUGAUCCUAAGCAUCUGUCCAAGCUGAUGCUAACUGAGAGCGUGACUUACACCUGCAUCGUCCCCUCAGAGUUUCACAUGAUGCAUCAACAUGGCCUCGAAUAUCUAAAGCAGUGCCGUCAGUGGCGUACUGCUCAUGUCGCAGGCGAAAAGGUCACGCAUCAACUUCGCCGGGCAUUCCGGGAUCUGGCUCUUCCCGAACUCAGGCUGUGGAACGCCUACGGUCCAACAGAGGCAUCUGUAACCUGUGGCAGAGGUCCGAUGCCUUACCAAACGGAGGAGGACAUCAUGAGUGACUCGGACGGCAUUCGGGCAUUGCCAAACUACAACCUCACAAUUGUGGACGAGAAGCUGAACCCUGUGCCGGCUGGCUUUCCUGGUGAGAUCUGCAUUUCUUCGCCAUACUCCAUCAGUCGCGGAUACAAUAACAGGCCCGAGGAGACAGAGCGCCAGUUCAUUGACUCGAAGCUCAUUCGCGGCGGCGCCCUGCCCCCAGGCAUCCCCGUCUACCGAACAGGCGAUCUUGGCCGUUUGUCCGCAGAAGACGGCACUUUGACGGUGCUUGGCCGCAUUGGCCAAGACAGCCAAGUCAAGAUCCGGGGCCAGCGGGUAGAGCUUGACGAGAUUGCCGCCACCAUCGUCCGCUGCUCCAACGGCAUCAUCAGCAACGCCGCCGUGUCGUGGCGUCCCGAUGCCGAGAUACUCGCCGCUCUCAUCGUUAUGCGCAGAGACGCCAGCGAAGAGAGUCUCGGAUGGGCGACGCAUGAGCUCGGUCAACAGCUUCCGUUGCCGCCAUACAUGCGCCCCUCGGUCUGGAUCCCCAUCGACGGAGUCCCAACCAACCCCAACGGCAAGAUGGACAGGCGCGCCAUCGACGAAUACCCCAUCCCGUCCUCCCAGCUGCAACGGUCGAAUCGAUCGAACCGAAGCACCGAGAAUUCAAUCGUCUCCCUGUCCGAGUUGGAGAGACAAGUUGCCGAGAUCUGGGAGCAGGUCCUGGGGGAGAAGGCCUCGGGCAUUUGGGACCCCAAUACCGACUUCUUCAACCUCGGCGGUAACUCCAGAAACCUGAUUGAGCUUCGGUUCUUGCUGGAGAGGGAAUUCUCGACUGCCAAGAUUCAGCUGCCUGAGCUCUUCCACCACAGCUCUCUGGCCGAGAUGGCGGCCCUGUUUGCCUCAUCCGACGACAACCGCCCCCAGCUUGACCCGAACGGCCAACUUACACGUGUGGAUUGGAGCAAGGAGGUCGAUGAUGCUUGCAAAGAAGCAUCACGUCCUCUCCCUCCCCGCGUUAACACCCCUUCCCCGGCGCAGAAUGACGUCUCUUCUCACCAGAAGCCGAACGGACUGGUCGUGGUUCUUACGGGUGCCACGGGGUUCCUGGGAAGCUCGAUCGCGCAGCGUCUUGUUGACGAUGACCGGGUUCGCGAGGUGGACUGUAUCGCGAUCCGUAGCGCCGACGGACAGGCUCGCCACGUGCCGGUCCAAAGCGACAAGAUCGUCGAGUACGCCGGCGACCUGGAAUCGCCCCUCCUGGGGCUUUCGGAUACCGAUUUCAACAAUCUCAGCAAGCGUGCCGACAUGAUCAUCCACAACGGCGCCCAGGUGUCGUUCCUCAAGACUUACCAGUCUCUGCGCCAAUCCAACGUCUCAUCCACGGUCGAGCUCUGCCGCAUGGCACUUGUCCGAUCCAUCCCUCUUCACUUCGUGUCCACCGGCGGCGUUGCUCUCGUGCCGACGGUCAACAACCGGGAUGCGCCGCCCCCGACGCUUUUGCAGCAGUCGGCAAGCGACCGCAUGCCCGAGCCGGAAUCGAAGAACGGGUACCAAGACAGCAAGUGGGUGGCCGAACAGGUGUUGGAGAGGCUCGGCACCCAGCGCGGCCUGCCCGUGGUGAUUCAUCGGCCGGCCAGCAUCGUCGGAGCGGGCGCGCCCAAACUGGACUGGAUGGCGGCGAUCCUCAACAGUUCUCGGGCCUUGGGCAAGGUGCCUGCACUCGAGGGAAAGAUGGAAGGGUCUCUCGAUCUUGUCCCGGUGCAGCAAGUGUCAAGUAAGCUUGUCAACGUCGCACUUGAUACGGAUCACGCCAAGCGUGUGGCGACGGUCAGGUUUGUGCAUCAUUGCAACGAUGCGAAACUGCGGCCCGGUCAACUGAAGGAGUUUCUCGAGGAGCAGGAUGGUCUGAGGACGACGUAUAGUGUUGUCGGUCUGCAUGAGUGGUUGACAGCGGCGGCUCAGGCGGGGAUGGAGCCAGUCCUCCACGACUUUUUGAGUGUUGGGUUCGCAGGAGAGAACAAGGUCCGGCUUCCGUCCCUAGCGUAUUAA